AUGACUUACCUAGUCUACCACAACGGAUACCACGUCUGUGAGCACCAUCUCAUCGCCGUCAUUUACCUUCCGGCGGUCCCACCGACGAUCAUCUCAGUUAAUAUUCCACCUCCUCCUCCUCCUCGCCAAUUACCGCUCAAAACUGCCACCACAACUCGCGAGGUGUUCAUAAACUUUCGCGGCCUCGACGUCCGCAACACGUUCAUAGACCACCUCCAAGCCGCGCUCCGGCGGGAGAGAGUCGGCGCGUUCAGGGAUGACGUGGACUCGGGCCGCGGCGUGAACGUGAAGCAAGGCGUCCUGCGAGCCAUCGAGGAGUCGAGGUUCUACGUCGUCGUUCUGAGCCGGAGCUAUGCGUCGUCCAAGUGGUGCUUGGACGAGCUGGUGAAGAUCAUGCAUUGUUCGAAUAAGCAUAACAAGAUUGCGUUUCCUGUGUUUUACCACGUGUCCCCGGAGGAUGUCUCCGCCGUCGGCGGGGGCGGGUGCUACAAGGAGGAUUUUGACCGGCAUAAGAAGAAGUAUACUUAUGAAAGAGUCGACGGCUGGCUUCAGGCGCUUGCGUGGGUUGUUGGCGUGUCCGGCUGGGUCGUCGCCAGUGACCAGUCGGAAGCUUCGUUGGUGGAGAGCAUUGCCAGAACCGUGCGACGCAAGGUCCGGAAUUCCAACUGGCUCAUUGGCUAAUCCUCCCUUGAUAGAGGAGCACUACUCAUUGAGAUUUCAGAACAGAAACUCACUUCUCUACACUCUGUUUUCCUGUUAUUCCACUCUGCCUUUCUGUUUCUUCUCGUUCCUUCUUUGUAGUUGAUUAAGCUCAAGUGUAUCUCCUGUUGUAUAAAUACAUAAUCAUCAAUAAAGAUAAACCAGGAUUUUCCAAACA